AUGUCUUACGAUUUAGUCUGCCUCGGUAACCCGCUUCUUGAUAUCCAAGUUAAUGUUGAUAAGGAGUAUCUUGACAAAUACAACCUUAAGGAAAACGAUGCGAUUUUAGCUGAAGAAUCACACAUGCCAAUCUUCAAGGAAAUUUUAGAAAAGAAAGAUGUGAUUCUUGUUGCCGGUGGUGCAGCCCAAAACACUGCCAGAGGUGCACAAUAUGUUCUACCAGAGAACUCUGUCGUUUACUUUGGUUCCGUUGGUAAAGAUAUCUACGCAGAUAAGUUAAUUGAGGCCAACAAAUCAGUCGGGUUAACUACCGCUUACAUGGUUCAUGAUAACAUCGCUACUGGUAAAUGUGCUGCAUUGAUUAAUGGUCUCAACAGAUCCUUAGUUACUGAUUUAGCUGCAGCUAACCAUUUCAAACCAAGUCAUCUUGAAAAGGAAGAAAACUGGAAACUUGUUGAAGGUGCAAAGGUAUUCUACAUAGGUGGUUUCCACUUAACCGUCUCUCCAGAUGCUAUCAAACUAUUGGGUAAACAUGCAGCAGAGACAGGUAAAGAUUUCAUCAUGAACUUCUCUGCUCCUUUUAUUCCAGAAUUCUUUAAGGACCCAUUAAACGAAUGUUUACCUUAUGCAGAUUACAUCAUUUGUAACGAAUCUGAAGCUGCUGCGUACGCUAAAGCACAUGGUUUGGAAACACAAGAUUUAACUGAAAUUGCUAAACAUGUUGCUCAAUCUCCAAAGGUUAACACUAAGAAGCCGAGAACUGUCAUCUUCACUCAAGGUACCGACGCUACUCUUGCUGUUGCAUACAAUGACACUACAAAGGAAUUUAACAUCCAAUCAUUCCCAGUCCAUGCAUUAGAUGUUUCCAAAAUUGUGGACACUAACGGUGCAGGUGAUGCGUUUGCAGCUGGUUUCACUGCUGGUUUAGUCCAAGGUGAAGACUUGUCAAAAUCUGUCGAUAUGGGUCACUGGUUAGCUAAACUAUCUAUUCAAGAAGUAGGUCCUUCCUUUCCAUUCCCAAAGCAAUCCUACGCUUAA